UUCAAGAGAAACAAGUGAACUGAUUCAAGAGCUGAGCCGAGCUGAUAAAAGCUGCUGGAGCUCUGUUCGUGCCAUUCUUAGGCAGUGACGGCUGAACCCUUGUAUGCCAUUUGCUGAUCAGUGAGAUCAGGAUGAAAUUUCUGAAUCUCCUUUGCUACAGUUUGGCUGUGGCUAUGGUGGCGGGUGACUUAGUUAACGAUCACGAGGUCAAGGAGUAUCGGUUAGCCACCAAACGAUAUCAUCGGAAGAUCCGUUCCAGCAAAGAAGGAGACGAAUUUCCAUCCACUGUGGAAGAAUCAUCUUUCGUACAACAACCGGUCGAGCCUUUAAUUCUACAACCCAGUCCAUCCGCAAACGAACCAAUCGGUUCGGCGGCACCCAAUACUUCCUUCCUGCUGGAACUACCGUAUCCUUCGCAUUUCCUGGUCUCACUGCAGAUGCUUAACCUUUCACUUCCCUUUCUUGAUGCUGGCGUUGCAGUUCCAGAAGAUCCACCUACGCCGGAAUUCGACCUGAGUAAAGUCAUCAAAAAUCAACAAUUCCAACAGAGACCAACCGAAAAUCAAGAAAACGUUUCGCCUUCUUCCGUAGCACAAGAAGACAGGGGUGGAAGUCGGCGGCGUGCCAUUAACAGGAUAAGGCAUCGAAUGCCAGUCCGACGUUUACCUAAAAGAUCUGCUGACGUUGCUUCCACCACCUCUAAUACACCUAUAGGUAAACCUGUCAAAUUUCGUAACUGGAACGCCUCGGACCCAGCAUCUGUCCAUCGACGUCAAGAGUUCACGAACAAGCUUCGAUCGACUACAACGCCAAGGCCAACGUUCAUAAAAAAAUUUCAAUCGAAAUUGUUAGAUCGAAGGGUCAACGGAACCAAACUCCCUUCCGGUAAAUCGCCAUCACGUUCAUUUGAAUCUAAAAACGUAAAUCAUUCAACAAGUUUGGGACAAAUCGGAACUACCACUGAAAAACAAGAUUCAUUUGCUGCCAAUCGACCGAGUGGAACUUCAAAUCGGUUCGUAUAUCAGGCACCAGAUUAUGAAUCGCCGAAGACUCGGAUAGGGGGGUUCCGACCAAUUCAACCGAGGCCGUCGUUGAGUCCAAACAGACUUGGGCCAUCACUUGGUAGCUUCCCUUCAACCAUUUCACGUGAGAAAUUCGGCCGUCCUGGCGGGUUUGUCCCGAUUGUUUACCCCAACGAUGACAUGACAACAGAAACAGUGGUCAUUGGCUACGACUUCCCUCCGCCUUCGCGUCUUCGAUUCGCCACAUCGACCAGCACUACGCCCAGCCCCAUACAAAAAUCUCCACGUCUAUCUAAAUACAUUUCUCAGUUUCAUUCAGCUUCAACUUUCAAAGCUCAAAAGGAUACAGGUAGUAGCCAUCAGAAGUUCUUCGACGAAGAAGCUACCCAAAUUCAGAAGCCAGACAUUGCUGCCAGCGAAGCAAACAACAAAGAAGUUGUACCAGGAAGUAGCACUAGUAACGAUUUGCUCGUAUUGGCCACUUCGACCACUGAUCCGGUGACCGAUUUCGUUCCAAAUCCAAAAUAUCCAUCAUUUGAAUUGCCUUCCAGUGACGGUUCAUCGACAACGUCAACUCUCCCACCACCACUUUCUAUCGAGGAAUUGAUUAAAAAGUUUACUGGAAAAGAUUUCGUUGCUGAUCCAACAUCCACUAUUCCCACACCGACUUCUAUUCAACAUCCUUCACCCAUUCAGCCUAAAAGCAUAAGUAGCACUGUAGCCACAAUCAAAUCUACUUUAUCGGUUCCGGAAUUGGAAAAGUUCGAUGAUAUCGAAACCACUUUGAAACAGCUUUUGGUUGUGACAUCAGCAUCGGCUCAAAUCCUCAACAACAGCCAACCUUCCACUUCUGUUGAUGCACCGACAACUUCUACACCGUCAUCUACGACGACCAGCGAACCCAGUUUCACGCUGCCGGUGUUACCGACACCCAGCUUCAAUCCAAUAACCGAGAAAACGAUCUUUGUGCAACCAGAAAUCACAACUGGUCACACUGUCAUAGCCAAAGAGGCGAAUAGAUCAUCAUUUCUAUCCGGAUCCGAGAUUAGCAAAUCAUCGUCCCUUCCAUCAACCAUAGCUAAUUCAACUAGCCUACCAGAGCCGUCAAAUCAACCGGUUUCCGUUCAACGAGGACCCUUGGAAGUUUCUUCUUUUGACGGAUCGUUUGGUUCAGGAGUUGGUCAACAUCAGGGAGGAUUUAAUUUCCAAUCAUCGAAUUUUCCGCAACAGCAGUUUCAGUCCAACAAUUUUGGAGGAUACCCAGGAAGCUUCGGCGGUGGGGGCCAUCAGGGCGGUGGUGGAGGCGGCGAUUUCGGAGGGCAGCAGAAUCCUUACUUGUACAGUGGGGGAUUGUUCGCGGGUUCCGGAGGACAAGGUCAGUUUUCGAACUUCCAAAAUGGAUUUGACGGUACGCUACAUUAUAGUCCAACUGGGCCACCAGUGGGUGAUUCAAACGCCAUCACUCAAGGGUUAUCACUUUUAGCAAGCUUUGGUGGAUCGGGAGGAGGCCACCAGUUCGGGAUUCAACAAGCUCCUAGCUUUCAGCAGCCGUCAGGUUAUCAACAGGCCUUUAACGACUUUGUUCAUCCAUCAUCGGUUCAAGCAUCGUCGCAGAUCCAGACAACAGCGAGCUUCCCUUCGCAAGGAUUCUCUUCAUACUCACAAGGAUAUCCUUCUUUUAACCUUGUACAGCAACAACCUCAAUCCUUUGCCCAACCUCAGCCAUCCUAUUCUCAGCAACCCCAAAGCUAUCCGUCUCAGCAGCAGCAGCAGUUUUACGCGCCAUCUCAGCAGCAACCGUACCAACUCGUGAGCAGUAAUACGGGAUCUGGAUCAGGGCUGUAUCCUGUUCAGGUGGUGCAGUUCCAACAACAAGGCGUGGCUUAUCAGCCACCAGGUGCAUCUGCAGCCACAUCGGAAAGCUUACCUUCGAAUCAGGCCACUAUUAAUCCAUCUCAGUUUGGCACGCUUUUGUCCGGUCUGUCUUCGGUUGAUGCAUCUGGUCCAACGCCUGGAACGGCGUCCAUUACAAGUUUGACAGCUUCAACUAGUGGUGGCGAUGGCAUUAAAAGUAGUGGUGGUGAUGCCGGUAGUAGCCCGGUCAGUAAAGAGAAGUCAGUCGAUGCUGCCGCUUCGGAAUUGGUGGAGCUUCGUUCGAGACCAGUUGCGCAUUCAAUUUUUGCCGAUCAAGAAACAGAGGCUUCUGAGUCUGUGCAGCUCAUUUCUAUUGGUCCACACAUCGAUCGUUCAGAUACCGAUUCGUUAAAAUCGGGAACCAGAAGGUCGUUUUAUAACAGAGGACUUCGUUCUGGCUAUUAUCCAUAAAUCAAUCGUUUGUCCAUUUCAUUUAUAUAUACAUAGCUCAUCAUACGCCAAUAUGCUUAGUUUUGGUGGUUGCGAAUAAACGAUAGUCAGUUACAUUUUAA